AAUUAAAUGAGUGGAGAAAUAUAAAAUAGAAAAUCUAAACUUGUCCCAUUAACUCUUGAAUUUUUUUCUGCUGUAACAAAGUUAGAAGAGGGAUUUCAUUUUAAAGUACUGGAUAAGUCCAAAAUCAAUACUUUGAUAUAAAAAUAUGGUAUUUAUAUGGUUGUAGAAUACAGCUUAAUUAGUUGAGUUUUAUGAUUUCUAAAAAGACCCUAUUAAAAACUAUUUCCUCGAUAAAAUCUAAUUUGUUCUAUCCAGACCAGAUACAAUUAAAUCAAUGUUUCAAUAAGAUCCUAUUGAAGAAGAAAAUGAGAUAUAAAGCUUGAAUAAUCUCUAGGUUCCAAAAUUAAUGACUGUUUCUCGUGCUCCUUCAAUAACUGAAUAAAUAGAUCGAAAAAAUGUUCUUAAAGGACUUGAGUUUAAUGAGAAUCACUAAAAAUCUAGAGGAUAAUAAAUGAACUUGACUUUAUAAAUUUAGAUGCAUAAAAAAGAGUAAGAACCCUCCUUGAAUAAAUUAAUGUCUGUAAUAAUAUAAAUUGAAUUAGGAUUAUAAAUCAGAGACUGAAAAAAUGGAUUAAUAUAUAUAAUCAGAAAUGAAAAUAUAAACAGAUGCUGUUUAACUUAAGUUGGAAUAAAGAAAGAAAAAAUUAAUAAAUCAAUAAAAUAGAUUAUUUAGAACAGAAGCCUCAGAUGACGAAUCAACUCCUCAACUGCAACCGUUUGAUUGA